CUUUUACACAUUCCACCGGCCACCGAGGACGACAUGGAUCCGGACGAAUAUCGUACGCUGCACGAGAGCCAGAUGGAGAACAAUAACGGCACCACUGCACUGAACGUAUUUAUGCACAUUGCGCCACCGGUUUUCAGUGUCUUCCACACCGUGCAGCUACUCGCGGUGGCCAGCGUGGCGCACAUUCCGGUUCGAUUCUUGAUAGAAUUUUCGUUGAUCGUUUUUCCAUUCAUCCUGCUUGUCACUGUGUUGCACCAGCUGGCGUUAAAAAUUACACUCGCAGUGGCUGUUGUGUCUACAAUUUCUGCCGUUCAUCAGAUACGGAACCGCUUGCACCUAGUUCCAUUCGUGCAGGUUCCCGGAAAGUCUCCACAGUUUCUCACGUGCGUCAGGGCGCUCGUUAAUCUUACCACGGCCGUCUGCAUCCUGGCCGUGGAUUUCCAUUGCUUCCCACGCGAACUCGCCAAAACCGAAACGUUUGGCUUCGGGCUCAUGGACAUCGGUGUUGGUCUGUAUGUUUUCAGUAAUGGAAUCGUCUACAAGCUUCGACCAGCUGAAGGGCGGAGGAUACGCGCAGUACGCCUUCGGAGGAUUCUUACCAGUGCGGCACCUCUAUUCCUCCUUGGAUUCGCACGCUUUUUUUUAACCAAUGAAAUCGACUAUCAGCUGCAUGUGUCCGAGUAUGGCGUACACUGGAACUUCUUCAUCACUCUCGCCUUCGUAAAAGUGUUCGGCACGAUCAUAAUGGACCUAGUGCGCGAUCCGGAGGUAAUCAAAUUCGUCGCCAUCACGCUCCUCUGCUGCCACGAAAUGAUGCUUCAUCUGGGCGUUUCCCGGUAUGUCAUGAGUGCGGACACCGGACGAGCGGACUUUUUUUCCGCCAACAGAGAAGGAAUCUUUUCCUUACCGGGCUAUUUGGCUCUCUUCCUCGCAUCGGUCUACCUCGGUUGGAUCGUGCGACCAUCUGAGGAAAUAACGCUGGCUAAAAAGUUCCUCCGCCGAGCGGCCAAAGUAGCCCUGAUCGCGCUGGUCUGCUGGAAGAUGAUCUACGUGUGUGAGGACAUGUUCGGCGUAUCGCGCCGGCUCGCCAACAUGGGUUACUGCUUCUGGAUACUUGCCAUCGGGUGCAGUGUGACGGCGCUGUUUAUGUUCUUUGAACUUUUCGUCUACUUCGUGCGCUUCGAGGAACCGAAAUCACCGGAUCAGAUAAUCAAAACGGAUGAUUUUUGUAUCCCGUACGUGCCGCUCAUACUGGACGCGAUCAACAGUAAUGGGUUAUUCUUUUUCCUCAUCGCCAACGUGCUGACCGGGUUGGUGAACAUUAUGUUUCAGACUUUCCUUUUGGGCAACGCGGCCGCACUCACAAUUCUUGUUUACUACAUGUUUAUGCUGUGCGUUGCUGUGUCUUUCCUUAGCAUAAACAACGUAAAACUUAAGAUAUGGUAGAGUUAAGGGCUCCUUUUGUUCAGUUCAUUUAGAACAAUAAAAAAAAAUCUUUUGGUUCUACUCUUCUAGUCAACCAUGUGGUUAAAUAUAAAAACAAAAUUAAUCAUUCGCUCACAAAUAACCUCCAAAGACACUCUACUAGAAAACAUUAAUCAUAAGGAACGAAAAGUUACGUAUUGCGGCCAGCAAACGCCUUGAAUAAAUCACAAAAGUUCAGUAUUAAAAACACAAUAUUUUAUUCCUUUCUGGUAA